UUGGAUAGAUGGUGAGAUAAGAGGGUGUGUGCUUUAAAAGGGUGAGACACUCCCCGCUGCAGAGUCCUUCACCUCAGCCUCUCACCGCCACCAUGACUUUCGACGGCACCUGGAAAAUCGAGCGCAACGACAACUAUGACAAGUUCAUGGAAAAAAUGGGUGUUAACAUGGUGAAGAGGAAGCUGGCCGCUCACGACAACCUGAAGAUCUUCAUCCAACAGACCGGGGACAAGUUCCAUGUCAAGGAGAGCAGCAACUUCCGCAACCUGGAGAUAGACUUCACCCUGGGGGUCACGUUCGACUACAGUCUUGCAGAUGGAACUGAAGUAUCGGGCUCGUGGACCAUGGAGGGAGACACGCUGAAGGGAACUUUCGUCAGGAAGGACAACGGAAAUCAGCUGACAACGACCAGGAUUAUCCAAGGGGACGAACUCAUACAGAGCUAUAGCUACGAAGGCGUGGACGCAAAGAGGAUUUUCAAGAAGGCUUAGACGAGAAGCGUUUCCCUUCAGGAUUACAAUCAGUAUUGUGUUGAAUUAUGAAUUACUUUCACCAACAUGACCUAAAGUGCACUAGACUUCAUCUGCCUGUAUAGAAAACAACAUCUUUUUUAAUUGCACCAUAUUUUGAUACUUGCAAUAAAGAAGGUCUUCAUA